AUGGUCGAAAAUCAUAAAUAUUGCUUGUGCGCGGGCGAGUUUAAACUAUGGGGUAUUAUUCACGAAAACGAAUGGUCCGGGACCAAAAUUAUGGGAACAAUUACCAAAAGGUUAAAGCAAAAAAUAAAAGGGUUAAUAAAUAUAUAUUACGAUUGCGGAACGUUUUCGAUGCAAAAGUUUAAAUAUUGGUUUGGGAGGCCCCGGUGGAAAUAUUGCAAUUUAAACAGCAUUAGGUUAUCGCAUCCAAACGGAUACCGGCGUAAAUAUAAUGCUGGGGCAGGGAGGUGGUAUUAG